AUGGCUAUCGCCUCCUGGUAUCGGCCUUCGAGGAAGCGGGGCCCCGUUCUGAGGUCCCCCCCCCCCCGCGCCGUCGCCGCCUCCCGAGGGCGCCGGGUGUUUUCUCUGGCGUCUUUCCAGGCCUGGGGCGCUCAGCACAGAACCCCAAGCUCCCCCGUGCCCUGGGUGAUCGAAACGGCCUCCCGGCUGAGCUCCCAGGCCGCUCGGGUCCACGGGAGGCGCUCCCGUGAGCAAGCGGGGUCGCAGAAGGGUGGGGCCCCCCGUGAGCAAGCGGGGUCGCAGAAGGGUGGGGCCCCCCGUGAGCAAGCGGGGUCACAGAAGGGUGGGCCCCGAGGCCCGGGCCGCCUGGCAAGCCCCGGUGCCGCGCAGGAGCUUGACGAGCCGCUGGAACAGAAAGCCGUCGACAAGGAGAAGGGGGUCACAGCCCUGGCCCCCAAGGAGGCGUGCAAGUGCCGCACCGAGGACCUGGCCAGAGCGCUGUGUGUGGACUUGGACCGUGGACUGUCGGAGUUCGCGGUGACGCAGCGCAGGCUGGUCCACGGCUGGAACGAGUUUAUCGCCGACAACAUUGAACCCGUGUGGAAGAAAUACCUGGACCAGUUCAAGAACCCCCUUAUCCUGCUGCUGCUGGGCUCCGCGCUGGUGAGCGUCCUCACCAAGGAGUACGAGGACGCGGUCAGCAUCGCCAUGGCUGUCCUCAUUGUGGUCACCGUCGCCUUCGUCCAGGAGUACAGGUCGGAGAAGUCUCUGGAAGAGCUGACCAAGCUGGUGCCUCCGGAGUGUAACUGCAUCAGGGACGGAAAGCUGCAGCGCAUGCUCGCCCGAGACCUGGUUCCCGGAGAUGUUGUGGCUCUCUCCAUCGGAGACCGGAUCCCCGCGGACAUCCGACUCACAGAGGUCACAGACCUCCUGGUGGACGAAUCCAGUUUCACGGGAGAAGCUGAGCCAUGCAGCAAAACAGACGCCCCCCUGGCGGACGGCGGCGGCGGCCUCGGCACCCUGCGCAACAUUGUCUUCAUGGGGACGCUGGUGCAGUGUGGCAAGGGCCAGGGGGUCGUCAUCGGCACUGGGGAGAGGUCUCAGUUUGGAGAGGUGUUCAGGAUGAUGCAGGCAGAAGAGACGCCUAAGACUCCUUUGCAGAAGAGCAUGGACAAGCUGGGCAAGCAGCUGACCCUCUUCUCGUUCGGCAUCAUCGGCCUCCUCGUGCUCCUGGGCUGGGUUCAGGGGAAGCCGCUGCUCAGCAUGUUCACCAUCGGGGUCAGCCUGGCGGUGGCGGCCAUUCCCGAGGGCCUGCCCAUCGUGGUCACCGUGACGCUGGUCCUGGGUGUGCUGCGGAUGGCCAAGAAGCGGGUGAUGGUGAAGAAGCUGCCCAUCGUGGAGACCCUGGGUUGCUGUAACGUCAUCUGCUCAGAUAAGACGGGGACCCUGACGGCCAACGAGAUGACGGUGACCCAGCUGGUCACCUCCGACGGGCUGCAGGCCGAGGUCAGCGGCGUCGGGUACAACGGCACCGGCACCGUGUGCCUCCUCCCCACCAAGGAGGUCGUCAAGGAGUUUGCCAACGUCUCCGUGGGGCGGCUGGUGGAGGCCGGCUGCGUGGCCAACAACGCCGUCGUGGGGAAGAGCGCGGUGAUGGGCCGGCCCACCGACGGCGCCCUGCUCGCGCUGGCCAUGAAGAUGGACCUGAGCCACGUCAGAGACCUGUACGUCCGAAGGGACGAGAUCCCCUUCAGCUCCGAGCAGCGGUGGAUGGCGGUGAGGUGCAGCCUCAAGAGCGAGGACGGGGAGGACGUGUACUUCAUGAAGGGCGCCUUCGAGGAGGUGAUCCGCCACUGCAGCCUCUACAACCACGGGGGGCUCUCCCUGCCCCUGACGCCCCAGCAGCAGGCGCUCUGGCUGCAGGAGGAGACGCGGAUGGGGUCGCGGGGGCUGCGGGUGCUGGCCCUGGCCUCGGGGCCCGAGCUGGGGCGGCUGACGUUCCUGGGCCUGGUGGGCAUCAUCGACCCCCCGCGGGCCGGCGUGCGGGACGCCAUCCGCCUGCUCUCGGCCUCCGGCGUGUCGGUGAAGAUGGUGACCGGGGACGCCCUGGAGACGGCCUUGGCCGUAGGGAGGACCGUCGGCCUGUGCAACGGGCGGCUGAAGGCCAUGUCCGGCGAGGAGGUGGAGAGCACCGAGCGGGGCGCGCUGGCCGCCCGCGUGCCGCAGGUGUCUGUGUUCUACAGGACCAGCCCCAAGCACAAGGUCAAAAUCAUAAAGGCCCUGCAGGAGUCCGGGGCGGUGGUGGCCAUGACGGGCGACGGCGUGAACGACGCGGUGGCCCUGAAGUCCGCGGACAUCGGGAUCGCCAUGGGGCAGACCGGGACGGACGUCAGCAAGGAGGCCGCCGACAUGGUGCUGCUGGACGACGACUUCUCCGCGGUCAUGGACGCGGUGGAGGAAGGCAAGGGGAUUUUCCACAACAUCAAGAACUUUGUCCGCUUCCAGCUGAGCACGAGCAUUUCGGCCUUGAGCCUCAUCGCCCUGUCCACGGUGUGCGAGCUGCCCAGCCCCCUGAACGCCAUGCAGAUCCUGUGGGUGAACAUCAUCAUGGAUGGGCCCCCGGCGCAGAGCUUGGGGGUGGAGCCCGUCGACAGAGCCGCACUGGGCCAGCCGCCACGCAGCGUGCAGGACACCAUCCUGAGCCGGGCCCUGGUCCUGAGGGUCCUCAUGUCCGCCGCCACCAUCAUCAGCGGGACGCUGUUCAUCUUCUGGAAAGAGAUGCCCGAGGACAAGGCCAGCACCCCACGCACCACCACCAUGACCUUCACCUGCUUCGUGUUUUUCGAUCUCUUCAAUGCCUUGAGCUGCCGGUCUCAGACCAAGUUGAUUUUUGAGCUGGGUUUCCUGCGGAACCGCAUGUUUCUCUACUCGGUGCUGGGCUCGAUUCUGGGGCAGCUGGCCGUGAUCUAUGUCCCUCCCCUGCAGAAGGUGUUCCAGACGGAGGGCCUGGGGGCACUUGAUCUGCUGCUCUUAACAGGCCUGGCCUCGUCCGUCUUCAUUUUCUCGGAGCUGCUGAAGCUCUGUGAACGGCACUGUACACCGGCCAAGGGCCUGGUGCGCCCGGAGGACGCGGGGCCCGCCCGCCAGCCGCAGCCCUGAGCCCGCUCGGCUCCGAAGCACCAGGGGCCCCGGGGCUCCCGCACGCCCGGCUUCCAGGCGCUCGCUUGGGGC